AUGAAUAUAAAUUUGGACUCAGCAAAGAAUGUUCUUUGUAAAAAUAUCUUGAUAUAUGGCUACUGCAAGUUCCAGGACAAAGGGUGCGCCUUCAGCCACAGCAGGGGAGGACAGCCAGCCGCGUCUCAACCGCAACAGAAGGAGACAGCUGCGCGGCCGCUGCAGGAGCCCAGAGAAGCAGCGCCGCGGGCAAGGACAUUGAAUGCGGAUCAAGUGAAUGGGUUUGUCGCCAACAGCUUCGCUGACCAGCCGAAGAAGAAGUUCAACGCCAACUCGCCCUUGUUCCAGCCUGCCGUGGGCUCGAAUGGGAUAUCAAAUCUUUCGAGCAAGUUCUCCAAUCUAUCUGCGAGUGUCAAGGACUCGCCGCAGUUCCAACCGGAGAAUGAAGCACCGCAACCACAACCACUGCAACCGCCGCAUCUGCUGCAGCAACCACAGCAACCACAGCAACCACAACAACCGCAAACACAACCGUCUCGCUUUCAGCAACUGUCGGGCCCGUUUUCAUCCAAAAAGUUCAAUGUCAGCACCCCUUCAUUCACUCCAACGGGAUUCGAUUAUUCCCAGGCGUCGGGAGCUAGCAACACGACGGGGACCUUGCUGUCCACACCGCAAAACUUGAACGCGGCUCCGCAACCCAAUAGACAGUUGAACUCGGUCAUGCCGCCAGCAUCUUCUGUGGUGGGCUCGCAUUCCUUCGUGCCCAGCGCCGCAAGCGGCAUCUCGAGCGGUGGCCAAGUCCAAGUGCAAGUGCAAGCACAACCACCACAGCCACCUUCACACAUGACUCCAUCAAACAUCAUGGGCACGGGGGUCAAUCCUCGCUUCUUCAACUCGGUGCUGCCUCACCCUCACGUGGGGUCGAUGCGCGGGCCCCAGCCGACACAGCCGUCGAUUUACCCUUUGCAAUACCACCUAUACGCGCCCGCUCCGCCGCCGCACUUGUCGGUUACGCCGCAAGACCACGAAAGCGAUGCUCAACUGCUCUUUAUCCCAAACGACUUGAGAGAGAGUCUACAUCGCAAGAACGAAGCCAGCUUGCAGACGAUGCAGCAUCUGAACUUGCCGGACCACGUCAACUCAUACCACUCGUUGGUGCCCAUUGACAAAUCCUAUGACCCCAUAAGCAAGCUGUGGCCGGGCAAAACGAGUCUUUUGUUCAAGUGUUUUUCCAACGCCGAUGGCAACUUGUACGCAUUGAGGAAAAUCGAACCGUGCACCGAGAUUGUAGACGAGACCCCGUUCAAGACCAUCAAGCGUUGGAGGAGCUUGAGUUCAAACGCCAACAUUGUCGCUUUAAGGGACGCCUUCACCACCAUGGCGUUCAGCAACAAUAACCUCCUACUAGCCAAUGGCGCCCACGAAAAAGACGUGAGCAACUCCUCGCUCUGCUUCGUCUACGACUAUUACCCGAACCUGUCGACGCUAUUGGAGUACCACAAGAAGGGCGUGCGGCCUGCGCCAGUGACGGAAGAUAUACUCUGGGCAUAUUUGAUCCAGCUAGUCAAUGCAAUCUCGGCAGCACAUGCAAAGAAGUUGGCGGUGAGAUCGAGCAUCGAUUUGAGCAAGAUCAUCGUGACGGGAAAGAACAGAAUCAAGCUUAGCGCAUGCGGAAUCAGCGAUGUGUUGGAUAGCGCCGCUGCUUCCUCCAGCAACACCACCAAGGCUGAAACACCGUUGGAGUUGUUGAAGGCGCAAGACUGCUGCAGCUUGGGCAAGUUGCUCCUUGAGUUGAGCGCAAUGCAGCUCCCUGCUAAUCUACGAACACCCGCAGUAGCGACCCUCAUCAAGAACUUGCAAAACUCAAGCCAAUUAAGCGACUCGUUUAUCCAAGUAUUGCGCAUUUUGAACGACGAGCACCUAAUCCAGGAGCCAUGGGACUUUGACCUCGAGGCAUUCACAAGGGAGCACUUGACGAGCAGAAUGAUGUCGGUGGUGAACAACUUGGAAAACUCCCAUGACGCAAUCGAGCUGCACCUAUCGUCGGAGUUGGAGAAUGCCCGCUUGUUCCGAUUGAUGACGAAGAUCAACUACAUUGUCAAUAACGCCGCCAAGUUGGACUUGGGCAACAAAAACAGCUUGCGCAUAAUCCAAGUUUUUCAGGAUAACUUGUUCAACUCGGUCGAUUCCAAUGGUAAGAAGGUGAUCAAUAUGGAUAAAGUGUUGACGAAUUUGAACAAGUUGGACUGUGGCAUUGACGAAAAGACAUUACUUGUAACGGACGACGAAUGCGUCGUGGUGACAUAUAGAGAGAUAAAAGAACUAGUGGAUACACAUUUCAGAUUAAUGAGAGAAUAG